ACAGUUGUCUGUUCUUAGCAAUUCACAACAUGCGCAGCCUCAGCAUCGUCGCUCUCUGCCUCAUCGUCGCGCAGGCUUACGCCAUCGACUUCGAGGAGAUCAGCCAAUGCGUCCGGGAGCGGAUCGGUCGGCAAAUCGACAACCUCGGCGAUGAAGUCGACGGCCGCCUGAAGAAACUCGCUGAAGAUGGAAAUGAGACCGCGAAGAGGAUCAGGACCGAGUUCAAGCAGAAGGUCAAGGAGUUCCGCAGAUCUGCCUCCGCUCCGAUCGACGAGGCUCGCCAACAGUUCGACGACUGCGUUGAGCAAGCUGACGGUUUCUUCAAGAAAGCCGGAUGCGCCAUCGACGCCGGAAAGACCCUCGUCGAUGUUGUGAUCCCCGCGGCCAAGCAAAGCGCCAAAGAGUUCACUGAAACCAUCAAGGAAAUCGCCGCCGAGUUCGGGAAAGAACAGCGCAGCGGUCUCGACGACAUGGCUGACCUCGGUCGCGACUUCGCGAAGCAAGCUCUUACCUCCGUCAAGGAAUGCGUGGGCCUGUAAUUGGCGAGGAACGAACGCCUUUUCUUCCACUUAAUAAAACUCACCAUGAGA